GAGUUCGUUACUUCUACGCGUCGGAAAACAGUCCAAAAUGUCGGACGAUGGAUCAUCACAAAAAUCCUGCGUAUUUUUUAAGAAAAGCAGGAAAAAUCAGACAACUAGGAAAAGGAAAACAUCUGAAUCUGAUGAAGAUAAGAAGGAUAGCAGUAGUGAUGAUGGUAAUGUUGUUGUAAAGAAAGGAAAGAAAGAAAGACACAUAAAUCCAUUAAAACAAUCUACCAGAAAGAUAGUUCGAGAUAAUGUUGAUUAUUCCAGUGAGAGUGAUAAAGAAGAAAAAGGGUCCAAAAUGUCUCUCAGCUACAAAUCAUCAGGUACUGGGAAAAGUGAAGGGCCAGGAGAUAUGGGUGCUACAGCUACUGUUGAAAUUGACACAGAUUUGAGCGUUGAUGCCCAGGCCAUUUUUGAAAGAUCAGCACAGCUCAGUAAAGAACUGAAUGACAAAGAAGAUGAUAAGAUAUACAGAGGAAUAAACAACUAUGCCAAAUAUAUUGAGAAAAAAGACACAGCACAAGGAAAUGCUUCUAGUGGCCAUGUAAGGAAGGGACCAAUAAGAGCCCCUGCCCAUUUAAGGGCUACGGUGAGAUGGGACUACCAACCAGAUAUAUGUAAAGAUUAUAAAGAAACAGGGUUUUGUGGGUUUGGAGACAGUUGUAAGUUUCUUCAUGACAGAAGUGAUUAUAAACAUGGCUGGCAGUUAGAAAGAGAGAUGGACGAAGGAAGAUAUGGAGCAAGAGAUGCCGUAAAUUAUGAAAUCAGUUCUGAUGAAGAAGAUUUACCAUUCAAAUGUUUUAUUUGUAGAGAAUUUUUCAAAAAUCCUAUAAAAACAAAAUGUCAACAUUAUUUUUGUGAAAAAUGUGCAUUAUCUCAUUAUAAAAAGUCAAAGAGAUGUUUUGUGUGUAAUGAGCAGACAAAUGGAGUCUUUAAUCCAGCAAAAGAAUUAAUGUCCAAGAUUGAAAAAACUAAAGCAAAGAAGGCUGGAUAUGACUCAGAUGAAAAUAAACACAGUGAUGCAGCAAACAGUGACAGUGACAAUGAUUGACCAAUUAUAGUUCAUAAAAUAGUGACAUUGAUUAUGGUUGACCAAUCAAAAACAUAUGCAUUGUAAAUUUAAUUUACAUAUUUAAAUUGAUUUUUACAAAGUGCUUUGUAAAGUUGCAUACUGUGGAUUCAUUAUUAUUUGUUGGAUACCAAUUUUUAUGCAUUUCUUGGUGAUCCCAAAAACAAUUGUGUAUAAGACUUUAUGCAGACUUUUGAAAAAACAUGAAAUCAAAUAUACAUGAAAAAGCAAAAUUUUCCUCAAACCUCAAAAAAUGGUACCAACGAAAAUAAAUGAAUCCACAGUAAAUGGAUUGCAUUUUUUUGCAUCAUGGUCAAAUUAGCUUCUAAUAGUAGUAAGCUCUGUUUGGCCUCAUUUAGGCAAUUAUGUUUGUAACAUGUUAUAGCCUAAUUUCAUAUUUUAAUAAAUAUGAUUUUGUUGA